CAGUACCAGAAAUGGAGCCUGUGACUAACAAUGUGGAUGAUAAGAAGGAAGAUCAUGUUGGGCCAAGAAGGAGGGUCAUUGGGCCUGAAAUGCCAUCCGCUGACUUACUUGCUGCAGCAGCCAAACUAACAGAAGCUGAAGCAGAACUAAGGGAGGCUGAGUUGGAUGGAGACGAUGACCUAUUUAUAGGACCUCCACCUCCUGCUGUUGUUAAAGAAGCUGAGUCUGCAAAUGAAGCUGAGCGUUUUGAGGAGAUCACAAGAAUAAUUGCUGCCGAUGCAGAUAGUCCAUAUGAUAUUGUUGGGGUGAACAAAGAUAUGGCAGCUGGAAACAUAAAGAAAAGGUAUUGGAAGUUGUCACUGAUGGUUCAUCCUGACAAAUCUUCUCAUCCCCAAGCUCACCAAGCGUUUGUUAAGUUGAACAAGGCAUUUAAGGAUUUACAGGAUCCUGCAAAGCGAAAAGUACUAGAUGACAAGUUAAAGGAAAAGGAGGAACGAGAAGCAUUUCAGAUAGAGCUGAAAGCGAUGCGUGAAGCUGCUCAAUGGAGACGUCUGCAAGGUAUAGCAAUGGAGGGUGAUGACCUACUUCUGGCAGAGAUGGAUGCAAAAGCUCCCCCAAAGAGAGACGAAUGGAUGACUACAUUACCUCCCGAAAGAAAGCAUGCCACCGGCGCGAGCAUGCAUUCAACGAGGUUUAGCAAGACCGGCAAAGAAGGACGUGGCGAUACAAGUGUUUGGACAGAUACACCUUCAGAACGAGCUCAAAAGGCAAAAAUGAAUUAUCUGGAAGCUUACAACGAAGCUGCAGCACUUGCUUCAAAUGAACAAGAAAACACAAAAAAUAGUGCUGAUGCAGAACUGGUAGAUCAGUACAACAAAGCCAAACGAUCCAAAUCCUUGGUAGAAAAGCACAUGGAGUCAGCCAAGAGUCGUUCAAAGAAAAAGACCAAGCAGGGCAAGCAGGAGCCAAGAAAUGAAGAAUGGGAAGGGAAUCACCCAUGGAAACCUUGGGACCGGGAGAAGGAUCUGACUGCUGGAAGGCAGAGCGUAAACUUGGACGCGGAUAACAUGGCUAAGGGUCUUACUUCCAGGUUUUCUUCUGGAUCCUUCCAAAGAAACUUUCUUUGAACCACUCGCUUGCAUCGUUAUAUGCUGUGUUUCGUGUGAAUCUCGAUUUGUGAUCUGUUGCUUUCUCUAUCUUGAUAGUGUUAUAAUCAUAAUUACACUCAUAUCUGUUGUAUCUCCACAUUCCAAAAUACAUCUAAUUUUACAUCACAUGUACAUCUAA